UGGAGACGGGACUUGGAAAUAUAUUUCAAUAACCUCAUUGUCCAUUUUGUCACGACAACUCGUCACUCAUUUGGUUUUUGAACUUUCAAUCCUGUAUUCAAAGAAUUUAACUGUCAAGUCACUCUUUUAUUUCCUUCUUUUCCAGCUACACACAAACAACCAAUCAAACAAACAGAAACCGCCAUUUCGAUCCACCUCCGCACCCCACAGCCAGUCCCCUUUAACCUUAACACAACCUUAACCCACAAUGCGCUCGCUCGUUAUCCUCCCGCUUGCUGGACUUCUUUCCACCGCUGCCGCAGCAGGUACAUUGGGAUUUGCUCUUGGUACUAAGAAGCCAGAUGGUACAUGCAAAUUUACGGCUGAUUAUGAAGCGGAUUUCGAUGCUAUUUCUAAGGGAAGCACUGCAAAACUUGUGAGAGGAUAUGCGGCAAGUGAUUGUGAUACUGCAAAGCAGAUAUUACCGGCUGCUAAGGCGAAGGGAUUUAAGGUUGUUUUGGGCAUUUGGUAUGUCAAUAGAAAUGAGAUGUUUGGAUUUCGGAUGGGCAAGCUAACAAGGUGAGUAGGCCAGACACUGACGAAUCCUUCGCUGCAGAUAAAGCAGCAGUAGUCAAGUAUGCGCCUCAAUAUAGCGAUCAGGUUUAUGCCAUUACGGUCGGUUCGGAAUCACUCUAUCGUGGAAACUUCACUGGUGAACAACUCCUGGAAAAGAUUCAGGAUGUCAAGAGUGCAUUGAACGGAGACUUUAAAGUUGGAACAGCGGACAGUUGGAACAAAUACAUGGAUGGUACCGCUGAUGCUGUUAUCAAAGGUGGUGCUGAUAUUCUGUUGUGCAAUGCUUUCAGUUAUUGGCAGGGACAAGAAUUGAAGAAUGCAACACAUAGUUUCUUUGAUGAUAUUAUGCAGGCUUUCGGACAUAUUCAAGAUGUUGCCGGUUCUGCUACUGAUGGACCUGAGCUAUGGGUUGGAGAGACCGGUAUGAUAAACAAUCCACUUUCAUAAUCCCAGAAUUUACAGUGUGCGAAAUCACCUCGGACAUUCAAAGUGCUCCCUGGACUUUACGCUUCUCUUUCGCAUGCGCUGACGUGAUUCCCAAAUAGGCUGGCCCACUGCAGGCUCAAAAUAUCAAUCUGCCGUCCCAGGGACAUCAUCUGCGCAAACGUUUUGGCAAGAAGCAAUCUGCGGUAUUAUGGAUUGGGGUGUAAAUGUUUUCUCCUUUGAGGCAUUUGAUGAGCCAUGGAAGCCAGUAUCCACCGGUGCAGAUGGUUCAGUUGCAGAUGAGACUCAUUGGGGAGUCUGGAACAGCGACCGAAGCAGCAAGUACUCGUUGAAUUGCUAAAUUUGGGGACUUAGAGGCUGUUCACAUGGGCGGAAUGUCGAGGGCAAAGAAAGUUGUGGAUAAUAUGGGGCAUCGUUCGCACAUGAUAUUAAAUUGAGGAUAUGAGCAUCUGAAAAUUUCGGCCGCCCAGAUUGUUAGCUUUAGAUUUCGAGAUACCAUACAUUUGUCUUGUUUCCC